CUUUGCUUCACUACCCACUCCGCUCUUUACGAGCCCUACUUCGCCCACUCCUUCGUAUCUCGUUAUCUACCCUUUUUCAUCCCAUCUCUUAUCCCUAUUACCUCUCACCAGACAUCUGUUCGUCUCCGUCCUUCGCCGCCGCCCCCCGCACGCGACUGACCGACUACAACACGAUCAACCACCAUGGAGCGCAUCACCGACAAGAUAAAUGCUUUGCCCGAGGAUGCGAAUUACUUCUCUCUGGAGUUUUUCCCUCCAAAGACGCAGAUGGGCUUUGCCAACCUUCAAUCGCGUCUUGAACGCAUGUCGCAGGCCCUCCGUCCUCUCUUCGUCACCGUUACCUGGGGCGCCGGUGGCUCAACCGCCGCCAAAUCCCUUGAACUCGCCGAAAUCUGCCAGCGCCAGCUUGGACUGACGACAUGUCUGCACCUGACCUGCACCAACAUGAGCCGCUCGCUCAUCGACGAGGCCCUGGAGGAGGCAAAGGUUCUGGGCAUCCGCAAUAUAUUGGCCCUGCGAGGCGACGCGCCGCGUAGUGAGGAGUACAGGGAAGAGGGACAACUGCCCGAGGAGGACAGCAACAAGGAUUUUACAUGGGCCGUGGAUCUUGUGCGGUAUAUUCGCAAGCAGUACGGCGAUUACUUCUGCAUUGGCGUCGCUACGUAUCCCGAGGGCCACAGCGACGAGAGCCACCCAGAGCACCAGGACCCGAAGAACGACCUGCCGUACCUGGUGGAGAAGACAAAGGCAGGCGCCGACUUCCUCAUGACUCAACUCUUUUUCGAUGUCGAGGCCUACGACGAGUUUGAGAAGAUGCUGCGGAGCCACGAGAGCGGCGUGUUCAAGACGAUACCCAUCAUCCCUGGCCUGCUACCAAUACAAAGCUACAACAUUCUGAGAAGAGUGACGAAGCUCUCGCACGCAAAGAUCCCCCCGGACAUUCUCAGCAGACUGGACCAGGUCAAGACGGACGACGAGAAGGUGAAGCAAGUGGGCAUCAAGGUUCUAGGCGACAUAGUCGAACAUAUCAAGCACAAGCCUAGUCCGACGCGGCGGGGCUUCCACUUCUACACCCUCAACCUCGAAAAAGCCGUAUCACACAUUCUCGAAGACUGCCAUCUCAUUCCGGAUUCGCUGCUCGACGAGGACGACGAAGACGCCAUCGAAACCACCCCGGCCAUCAACCUCACUCCCCCAGAAGGCACCGUACGCACCCGCGAUCGUUCCCGCCUCUCCUCCAUCAACUCAGGCCCCCACAACCGCGUCAUCACCUCCCGUCCCUCGCGAUCCAAAUCUAGCCACGCAUCCUACGAAGCCCUCGAGUCGGAAGCCGGCGUCCCACGCGGCCCCAUCAACACACGCGCAAACACCCUCGCCAUCUCCGAAGGCGAAGGCUCCCUCGGACGCGAAGCAACCUGGGACGACUUCCCCAACGGCCGCUGGGGAGACGCGCGGUCCCCAGCCUUUGGCGAAAUCGACGGCUACGGACCCACGCUGCACGUGUCGACGACAACGGCGCUCAAACUCUGGGGCCACCCGCUCUCCACGGCCGACAUCUCGACCCUCUUCCGCCGCCACAUGGAAGGCGACCUCGCGGCGCUGCCCUGGAGCGAAGCGGGCCUCUCCCCAGAAACAAGCACCAUCGCGCCCCACCUCCUCGCGCUCAACGCAAAAGGCUGGUGGACCGUCGCCUCGCAGCCCGCCGUCAACGGCGUCCCGUCCACCGACCCCGUCUUCGGCUGGGGCCCCAAAAACGGCUUCGUCUUCCAGAAACCCUUUGUCGAGUUCUUCAUCCCCUCGGCCGACUGGUCCACCCUCCAACCCCGCCUCCAAGCCCACGAGCAAAUCACGUACUUUGCCUCAAACGCUGCCGGCGACUUCGCCGCCAGCAACGAAGCCUCUGUUAACCCAGUCACCUGGGGUACCUUCACCGGAAAGGAAAUCGUCACCCCGACUAUCAUCGAGGCCGUCAGCUUCCGCUCCUGGAGCGACGAAGCCUGGAGUAUUUGGCGCGAGUGGAGGAGAGUGUAUCAGACUAGGAGCGUUAGUGCAAAGGUCGUUGAGGGCUGUCGGAGGGAUAUGUGGCUUGUUAAUGUCAUUUGGGGGGAUUUUGUCGAGGGCGAUGGGCUUUGGGGGUUUUUGCUGGGGGAGGAUUGA